CUUGUGGGUUGUGUAGAGAAGGGUGAAGACUUUUUCAGCAUCUGGGUCCAGUUUUGGUGUCUUCUUUUUUCUCUAUCUUGAUAAUAACUUUUAAGCAAUAAGCAGUUCUCUUUUCGCCUCCGUAAUUCUUGGUUUGUGACCUAUUAUGUGAUCAUCUGUAGUGCUGGAUCAUGUGAUAUAGAUCAGUCAACAAGGGGAGCAGUGCCAUGAAAAGAACAUAGUAUCCAACUGAAACAGCAUAUUUUCAAACCUGGCUUUAAUAGAAGAAUUGUUUGGAUAAAAGAGAAUUCUCUUUGAUUCCAUAGUUGUUUAACAGGACUUGCUGCCCUUUGAAAAUAAGUCACUGAUUGGAAUUUGAUUAUUACUCUGAUAAUGAAAUCAUGUCUUUUAGCCUGGAGGAUAUUAUAGGGGCUGCCAUUGUAACUUCCAGGGAGAAGAAGUUGAAAUCUACUGGCUAUGUCUGUAACAUAGGAGGAAGAUUGAGGAAUGACGAAAAGAGAAGAUGGGGAAGCUGCUGGAGUCUAUACUGGUGUUUUGGUUCUCACAAGCACAGCAAAAGAAUUGGUCAUGCCGUCCUUGUUCCUGAACCUGUAGCACCUGGACCUGCUGUUCCAGUUACUGAAAAUCCAAACCACUCAGCCACCAUUGUAAUUCCUUUUAUAGCUCCUCCUUCUUCUCCUGCAUCCUUUCUUCCGUCUGAUCCUCCUUCUGCUACCCAGUCACCCGCUGGAUUACUCUCUCUCAAAGCCCUCUCUAUCAAUGCAUAUUCUCCCGGUGGGACUGCGUCUAUUUUUGCAAUUGGUCCCUAUGCUCAUGAAACACAGUUAGUUUCCCCACCUGUUUUCUCAACCUUCACUACUGAACCAUCUACUGCUAAUUUUACUCCCCCACCUGAGCCGGUGCAUAUGACAACUCCACCUUCACCAGAAGUGCCUUUUGCGCAGCUUUUGACAUCAUCACUGGCCCGCAACAGAAGAUAUAGUGGGUCCAAUUAUAAGUUCCCGCUGUCCCAGUAUGAGUUUGUGCCUUAUCAAGAUCCAGGAAGUCCAGGUAGUAAUCUAAUAUCUCCUGGUUCAGUAGUAUCAAAUUCUGGCACCUCCUCACCUUUCCCUGGAAAAUGCCCUAUUAUUGAGUUUCGCAAGGGGGAACCUCCGAAAUUUCUUGGUUAUGAACAUUUCUCCACUCGCAAAUGGGGUUCAAGGGUUGGCUCAGGAUCAGUAACGCCAAGUGGCUGGGGCUCUAGGCUAGGGUCUGGAACUUUGACUCCGAACGGUGGAAUUUCAAGGCUAGGUUCUGGUACUGUGACUCCAAAUGGUGGGGAACCUCCUUCCCGAGAUAGUUAUCUAUUGGAGAACCAAAUCUCCGAGGUAGCAUCUCUUGCCAAUUCUGAUAAUGGUUCUGAAAUUGGGGAAGCUGUAAUUGAUCACAGAGUUUCAUUUGAACUAACUGAAGAAGAUGUCCCGAGUUGUAGAGAAAAGGAGCCCGUCAUGUCGCAUUCUCAACCAACUCUUCCAAUGGAUGUGUCCAAUUUGUUAGCCAGUGAAAUGAGAAGUGGUAGCUCUAUGGCCGAAGAAAAAACCUAUGGAUCGCCUAGGAAAGCUUCAGAAAGUGGGGAAGAUGAAUGCCAUAGAAAGCACCGGAAUAUCACCUUUGGCUCAAGCAAAGAUUUUGAUUUUGACAAUGUGAAAAUAGAAGUCUUGGAGAAGGACAGUAUUGACUGUGAAUGGUGGACAAGUGACAAGGCUGCUGUGAAGGAAUCAGGUAUUCAAAACAACUGGACUUUCUUUCCUGUGUUGCAACCAGGAGUCAGCUAAUAUCUUGAGCUAAAGGUUAAAAAUCAACGUUAAAACGCACCGACGUUACUGCUUCUGGUAAUAUAUAUAUAUUAUAUAUAUAAGCAAGCUGGGAAUGCAAUUUUCAGGCAUAGAAAUCUAAUUGCAGCAAACUUAGCUUUAAAACUGAAGAGUUGGACAGACUUGUGCAGUAAUUGGUGUUUAAUUUGGUGCUCAGAUAGUUGGUCGGUCACCUGAAAAUAUUCCUUUGAAUAAAGGACUUCUGUAUACACCAUAGAAUAUGUUUUGAAAAAGAGAUGUAAAUGAUAUUAUUAUUUCUUAAAAAUGAGAAUUUCUCACUUGUUUAUGGUUUCAAA